AUGGCACGGGUCCAGCACCACCUGGGCGUCUUGUCCCUCUUGAUACCUCUCAUCGGUAUCACAGCAGGAGCCCUGGAGUGGAACAGUGCUGCCAUCUUCGCUCUCAACAUUGUCGCUAUGAUUCCGCUUGGAUCAUGGAUUAACCGAUCGGUCGAUUCGCUGACCGUAGAUCGCAGCCGAGUUGUUAAUGAAGUGCUGAAAUCGACACUAGGAAAUUCGGUGGAAUUAUUGAUCGGAAUCAAUGCGAUCGCACAAAAGCGACCACACAUCUCCCAGUCCGUGAUACUUGGAAGUGUCCUAAGCAAUUUACUGCUGGUCCUCGGUGGCACCAUUUUUGUCUCAGGUUAUGACCAAAAGCGACUCCGGUUUGAUCGCACCCUCACAACAGUCCUCUCAUCCCUCAUGAUGGUCGUCUUCAUCCUCCUCGCCCUCCCCACCAUAAUGGACGUCUUCCCGUCCGCCAAGGUCACCCCGGAAGACAAGAUCCUCUUGACACAACGCGUAACGGCCAUUAUCCUUGUCGUUCUACUGCUCACGUUCCUUAUUUUCCGCCUUGGCACCCAUGCGGCCAUGUUCGCCAGCACGCCGUUCAGCCAGCGGGAUCAAACCCGCUGCGACCAUCAGUCUCGCCAGAGCCAAACAAUCGAGGCCCAAAUUCCGCGGCCAUAUAUCGGCAAGGGUCCAGCAGCUAUAAUCCUUGCAACUGCGUGCGCUUCUGCGCUCGCGUGCACUUAUUACACAGUCAGCAGUAUGAGCGGGGUUGCUUCGAUCACGGGUAUGAACCAAGCUUUCCUUGCCGUGACGCUUGUUCCUCUGCUCGGGAACUCGGUCAAGUACCGGUCCAUUGUGGUGGGGUCCCGGUCUUACAAUCAGAUUGAGCUUGGGAUCAGGGCGGUUAUUAACAAUGUGUUGCGGGUCACGAUGCUUAUUGCUCCGCUGCUGGUUCUCCUUGGUUGGGCUUUUGACCAGCCGCUUAUUCUUAGAUUUGAUGGGUUUGAGGCUACGACUCUUUUGCUUGGUGUUGUAGUUAUGACUUAUCUUAUUUCUGAUGGGCGGAGUAAUUACUUCGAGGGAUUGAUGUUGAUUGGAACGUGA